UAUAUUUUAUCCACGGGCUAACGACUAGUUUUUUAUUAAAAUCAAUCGAAAUUUGUAAAAGCAUACGCUUAUGCAGAGAUUGUGUGGUGGUAGCGCUUUCGGCUUGUAAUCACAAGGUUUCAAGUUCGAGUCCCCGCUCCUGCACACAUUGAAUGUAGUGUUGUCAGCCCAUCUGGUGCUAUCUACUGACCGCUAACCGGCUUGCGUGGCAGGCAUGCAAGUUAGAACAAUGCUAUAUGUAUCUCUGGCUGUAAUGUAACAUAUUUACAGUCGGAGGGGAGGAUGAGCCAGCCGUUAGAAUAGAAUCCUCAAAGACAUUAAAACAUCCCGUUAAUUACUUACUUACUUACUUACUUACGUCCUAAAAAAACUUGCGUCAAUCUUUAGCGCCGAUAAUGAUCGUGUUAAUAGAAAUCACCUUUAUAAUAUAUUCUUUUUAUUAUUUGUUUGUUUGUGGUGUUUGUUUUCAUAAUUACUUUGUUUCUAAUAUAAACAGAAGUUGUGAUGUCCGUUGAAACGUCAACACCUAUCAACAUGCAAGUCUAUUAUGCUUUCAGAUUGCAUUAUUCUCGAUAUCAAUUAUUAGAACGAAUGGAUGUUACAAAUUGCUUUUUAAUUUGUGUUGUUAAUGAUGUUGUUAUCUUUGUGUAAUUGCCCUAUCAUUUUUAUUAUCUGCAUUACAGUUAAAAACUUAAAAAAUAAUUGGUUAUAUUGUUAAUAGUGACCUUUUGUGGACAUAUUUCUGUUUCAUGUGAUUAAAAACAAAGUUUUGUAAAAGAUUGAAAGGUUAUGUUAGGCGCAAAAUCCUAUAAACAAAAGAGUCAUUGCCUGUAUCAAAUUGGCAGAAUUAUGUAAUGUUGUGAUUUAAGUAAUACCAUACAGAGUUGUUAUUUCAGGGUAGAUACACAUACUAAGAAUGGCACGUGGUAGCUUAUCUGUCUCGGUUAACUCUGGAGAUGUGAGUGAGAACACAGCAUUGAUUUCGUCCAAAAAGUGUAACCGAAAGCAAAGAAGUAUUUUACAUGAACUAACAAAAAUUAACUUCUGGAAGGGCGUUAUCUUAGAAUUUCUAUCAACCCUUUUGUCUGUCAUGAACACAUGCGGUAGCACGCUGAGUCUCUACGAGCCUGGAACUGGUGAUUUGUACCCAGUCCCCUCACACAUCACAGUGGCAAUUUGUGCUGGUUGGGGAGCUAUAGUUUUGGUAGCAAUUGGGCGUCAUGAAAAGGGAUACUUUAAUCCAGCAAUUACAUUUGGAUUGUGUGUGGCGCGAAAAAUCUCUGUGCUUAGGUGUAUUCUUUACAUGAUAGCACAGACGGCUGGAGGUAUUGCCGGAGCAGCCUUACUCUUUGCUUUCUCUAAAGAAAAGAUUCGUGGAAAUCUCGGAGCUGUCAUUCUUCACCGUGAUGUACCAGCAUAUGUUGGAUGCAUCAUCGAAAUGAUUUUAGUAUUUCUCAUCGUUGUCACUGUACUCACAACGAUUGAUCCUAAGAAUGAGUUCACUGGGAUGUCGUCACCUUUGGCGAUAGGAUUCGCGAGUGCUGUGGGAAUGUUGAUGGCGUACCCCUACACUGGAGCAGCCCUGAAUCCAGCAAGAGCUUUAGCACCCGGUUUACUCAUGAACCAAUUAAAUGGCCAAUGGCUUUAUUGGGUUGGGCCAAUGGUCGGGGCAGUGUUAGCAGUUUUCGCUUACAAGUAUUUAUUUACAAUGAGUGAAGAGAAUGAUGAUGAUGAAGAUAAUAAUGAGUACAUGAAGAUAGAUUCAUCUGAGGUGUGAGCAAAUGUGAGGUGUGAGGGCGCAGCAAUUUCACUUAGGUUAUUUUAACUGUACGUGAUCGUAAAAAAAAUUUACCACAUAUAUACAAAAUUUUAUUAUGAUAUAGAAUAUUAAAAUUUUCGGUAGCAUUGUUCAUUUAUAACUCUCGGCUAUAGUUUAAAAACUGAUUUACUUUGAGGGAUUAUGCUCUUACAAAUUUCACUUGUAUAUCAAUAUCAUUUUUUUAUCGAUACCUAUUAUAUUUUUCUUUCUUUUUUUUUAGUUGCUUUUAGUUUUUUUCAGCGCUAAAUACAUAUAUACAGAAUAUUAUAUUUCUAGAUAGGAAGGUGGCGUCACACUUUGUUUUCAGCUCAUUUUGCCCCUAUGCUAAAUCUAUCACAUCUGGUUUAGGCAAGAAAGAUCCCCUGGGGACGAAAAUGAUGUACUGUCCGGUAAAAUAUGUAUUAUGCUUAUUGGGUGAUUUUUAUAUUACUAACAUUUUUACUUUUUAAAUAGUUUGCAAUAUUUUCAAACAAAAAUGAAAAAGACGGUUGUUGGGAAUAGUAAAAAAAUUCCUACUGUUGUUGUUCUUUUUGGAUUCCGUAUAAAAUAUUCCUGUCCGAUCUUUUUCCAGUAUUGUAUUAAACUUCUUUCAGAAUGAAUCAAAAUGACGUUUAUAAAGUCCCAGCCUCCAUUUCUUUAAAAUACUUUCAACCAAUCAGGUAUAGUA